UUGCCUCUCUAUACUCUGUUUGCGCGUUUUGAUGCGCUACUGAGCUACCUUCUGUUGUUGUUGUUGUUCGUUUGGUUCCACUGGCCUCUCGCAUAAUCCCACCACAGCACUCAGGCAGCACUAUGCCUCCUUGACCGUCGGGUAUCGAAGUCACGUUAUUCCCUGGUGUGUACUUGAUUGGAUCCAUCGCUCGCCACUCAUCCAUACACCGUCUACCUGUCCAAUCUACCAUCUUAGCAGGCUGUCACAGCCGUUAUUCAUGAACGCGAUCGACGCUCAUAUGCAGCCACGAGAUGGCCAGCGGCGUCAGCACCGCCACUUCGAGGAUGCGCCUGCCAAUGGCUACCCACCUGUGUCUGGCACCGGAAAUCUCUUGAUGCCAGAUGCGCAAAGCGCAUUCACCUUUUCGGCUGAGCCCACAGCCAUAGCCUACGACAAUUCGAUGAUGGCCCUCCCAACAUCAAGCACGCCAGGUCAAGAUUCUGUGUUCACCCCUAACGUUGGAUCCUCUUUCGACUCCGCCUUCCACCCUGACAUGGCCAGUCGCUCAUACCCUCCAAUCAACGCAUAUAGUCAAGGGCAAAGCCUCCCACCAGGAACCUACAACAGCGUUGGCCAACCUAUCUCGCCGUCACACUCCGCAGAGCACCUCAGCCCAGAGCCCGGAUAUGCAAGCGACCUCAACCAGCACGACCUGAGCAACUAUACGACACCGAGCUUCAAUGGCCAAUACCUCGACGAGUCGUUCUCGAACCUGAACUUCGCUGAAGAUCCCACUACCACUGCCUUUCCUCCUUACCAAGGAGAUGUAGACAUGUCUCUCUUAACGUCUGGCACCCUGAACACAUACAAUGCCCAAACGCAUAUGUCCGCGACCAAUGGAGCAUUCGCCCAUCAACACCAGCUGAUAUCCCCAAUCAUAACGAACAACUCCAGUCCUGCAACAGGUAACGACAACUCGACGUUUCCAGCAGUGCAAUUUGCUGGAGAAGCCCAGAGCUCCUUCACGCCUCCCAAUCAAGCGAGUCACACACCACAUACCAUACCAAGGAAGCCUUUGCAGAGUCCACCUCUGACGAACAGUCCUGGACCCAUGUCAUUGGCGAGUCCUCGUCCUCUCCAACGCCAUAUGACAAGUCCGAUUGUUCGAGUAGAGAACUACAGCAGAGAAGAGUCACCCUCACAUUCAGACAAUAGCCGUGGCCUAAGCAGACGAAGCCUCAGUAGUCGGCGAUCUGGCAAUCAUCUCUCCCCAUACCCACAGAACGAUUCCUCCGAUGAAGAAGAUUCGCACGAGCAAGGGCGUGUUCGUACGGUAUGCCGAGAAACAGAACGCAAUGAAGACGGCUCUUGGCUAGGCACGGGUGGUCAAGGCCAGGCUGGACUGAGUCCCGAGGAUCGUCAAGCAAUGGGCGACAUGCUGGUACCAAGUCUUGACGAGAUCGCAGAGCGUAGAGCAAGGAUGGAAAAGAAGCUUGAAGUACAAGACUGGUUGACGAAGAGCGAGGUUGGAAGUGAGGCAGGAGAUGUUGGUCCAUCAAGCAGCUACCUCAAGCCCCACACCGGACGACGUCGUGCAAAAAGCCAAAACGAUGCCAAUCGCCAGGCUCUUCAGGGCAGUUUCGUGCUUGGGGUACGCACUGACCUCGAGAACUUCAGUCCCAGGUACAUCAAUGAGCAAAGCGACUACGGCGAUGAUGAUGACGACGAUGAGGAUGAAUACGGGGAUUCAGACUCGCCACCAGCCUCUGUUAAUAUACACGCGGAUCAAGCAGAGGACUCGUACUUUCCUGCCACGCGAGAACCUAGUCCAACUACUGAUGCGAUCGUACAACCAUGGAUGGACGUGCCGAUGCAGCCACCGACAACAAUGAGCCAUUAUCAGCCUCCAACUUCGAAUGCUGCAAUGAUGCGCUUUCGACAACGAGCAAAGGAUGUCGAGUCUGCAUCACUCGCUGCAACUGUUGGAUCGCGCCGGCUGAGUGAGCCGGACCUUGCUAGUAUUCGUGGAUCACCAGGUAUUGCUCGACUCAUAGAGCCCGAGCCCCGCAAGAGCGAUGAAAGGCAACGGCGUCCAAGUUUUCUACGGAACAUUCGACGUACCCCAAGCAAUCUACUCAAGCGCAAGGGCAGUAUGCCUGUACAGCAGUCUUCGGACAUGGGAUCGGAUCAAUCCAAAGAUCCUGUCUUCGAGAGGCCCAAACGCAUUGGCAGCUGGGGCCGCCCCAAGUCUCCAAGGGUUAACACCAACCUCAGCGACAAAAGCAAAGAAGGCGUCCCGUCUAGCUCUUUAGGUCUAUCUGCAACUUCGGGCCCAUGGUACCAAGGCGCUAAGAACGUCAUCAAGCGAAGCCGUAGUCGAAGUGACAUUGGCAGAAGCAGAGGCGAUUCUGGGAAGUCUUUUGGCCUCGCCGAGCUCAUGACACAGCACGGUGGACCACCUAUGCCCAUGCUUGCUUCGCCGCUUGCAGAUACGGAAGCGACAAAGCAGUCUGUGCAGCCGAGUCCCGCCGCAGACGAUGACGAUGACGAACAAGAGGGAAUCACGAUGGACCUCAAAGUGCGCACUGACCCUAUCAUCCCGAAUCAAGAAGGAUUUCGAACACAUGCUCGACAACUGAACCCUCGUCUAGCUGACUUCAUGGUUGAACGAGUUGCUCAGGAGCAGAUUAGAAGAUACAAGCGACUGCUUGAGUUUCGAGUAAAGCAUAUCAAUGUCGUGCAAAACAAGAACUGCGCAUCAAAGGGUUUCUGUACGGAACUAGGGGGAGAAGCCAAGCAACUUCCUCCAAAAGCUGGCAACAAAGACCCUGAUCAGCCGUUCAUCGGUUUCCAGAUUACGGCUCCAGGCGAGGAGGACGACGAUGAUGAGCUUCCAUCGGAAGGAACGGUCGUGGCUGCACAGCUCCCCUCGGGUGUUCCUUUGCCGCCUGUCAAACGUCUGCCAGCUGAGUUCGAAUGCCCGUUGUGCUUCAAGGUGAAGAAGUUCUACAAGCCAUCUGACUGGACCAAGCAUGUACACGAAGAUGUCCAACCUUUCACGUGUACCUUUCCUAACUGCCAGGAACCCAAAUCUUUCAAGCGCAAAGCUGACUGGGUUCGUCACGAGAACGAACGCCAUCGACAGCUCGAAAACUGGACCUGCAACAUUACUGAUUGCAAUCACACAUGCUUCCGUAAGGACAAUUUCGUGCAGCAUCUCGUCCGGGAGCACAAGAUUGCUGAACCAAAGCAACGCACUGGGCGGGCAUCCAACAAAGACCCGCUUGCAAGCAGUGACUCAGAUGAUAUUUGGGCUAUCGUCGAAAGAUGCCGACAUGACACAACGAAGCAACCCAAAGACGAGCCCUGCCGGUUCUGCGGUAACAUCUGCAAUAGCUGGAAGAAGCUCACUGUUCACCUGGCAAAGCAUAUGGAACAGAUCAGCAUGCCCAUACUUCCGCUAGUCGAACAGAAGCUUCUCAACGCCGACACCAUCAUCAGCCCUGUAAAGGAGCCCCCAGACGCACGCAAGUUAUCAGCCGCAUUUACUAGAAAGCCAGUUGGCGGCGGCUCCUCGCAGAACUCACCCAACACAACUUUUGCGCCUGGUAUCAACCCCUUCGGUCAAGUUCCUCAUAACAACCCAACCGAGGCAGCGGCCAAUGCCAUGCACUCCUAUCCUCCGCCUCAAAUGGUUCCGCCGCAGCAGAGUGGUUAUGCAGCCUACGCUACAAACAACGUCCAUUACUCCAACCAGACCUAUCCAGGUCUUCAAAAUCCGCCAAAAUCUCCUCUAGUGUACACAAAUGGGUUCCAAAUGCAAAAUCCAUCAUACCUCAACAUGGGUCCCAUGUCUGCAGUUCAACAACAAGAACAGGCAAUGUUCACGAAUUCUCCCACCGAGACAACUGUGUUCCCCAGCUACUUUGCUCCUGAUCAGCAAAGUAUGACAGGAAACUUCGAUCCUACGUUGCAGAUGCAGUAUCAACAACAAACGCCCUCGGGAACAUACCAGGCUAUGCAAUACCUGACAAACCAGCACCAACAGAACUAUCAGUAUCAAGGACAGUGAUAUGCUUGUGAGCAGGGAAGAGGGUGAUCUAGGAGGAAGAAGCUGCAAUCUCAGCGCAAAUUACGCCUAACGACUUU